CACAAGUUUCAAUGGGACCCGGAAGAGUAUGGCGGAGUGACUGAGUUGUACGUCCCGUCUGAGAUCAUCUGGCUUCCUGACAUUGUCCUCUACAACAAUGCUGACGGAGAGUACAUCAUCACUACCAUGACUAAAGCAGUCCUUCACUACAACGGGAUCGUCACCUGGUCUCCUCCGGCCAUCUUCAAGUCCUCGUGUGUCAUCGACGUCCGCUAUUUUCCCUUCGACCAGCAGGACUGCUUCAUGAAGUUUGGGUCUUGGACCUACGAUGGGUACCAGAUCGACUUGAAGCAUUUAGACCAGCGUGACGGGGCAGACAGAGUGGAGGUUGGGAUUGACCUUAGGGAGUAUUACCCUUCUGUGGAGUGGGAUAUCAUGGGCGUCCCAGCUGAGAGAAACGAGAAGUUCUAUCCGUGCUGUGUCGAGCCUUACCCUGAUAUCUACUUCAACAUCACGCUCCGGCGGAAGACUCUCUUCUAUACCGUGAACCUCAUCAUCCCCUGUGUGAGUCUAGAGUACCUCUCGGUGCUGGUCUUCUACCUUCCUGCUUAUUCCGGUGAAAAGGUGGCGCUCUGCAUCAGCAUCCUGCUGUCCCAGACUAUGUUCUUCCUGCUCAUCUCGGAGAUCAUGCCCUCCACCUCCCUGGCCAUGCCGCUCCUGGGCAAGUACCUGCUCUUCACUAUGCUGUUGGUGGGCCUGAGUGUCAUCGUCACCAUCAUCGUCCUCAAUAUCCACUAUCGCAAGCCCUCUACUCAUCGCCUCGCCCCCUGGGUCAGAAAGCUGUUCAUCGACACCCUCCCGCCGCUGCUGCUGAUGCGGGUCCCGAAGAAGGACGAGACGAAGGCGGAAGCAGAGGACCUUCCUGGGGGACGCCCUCGGGAGAACGGCAACGGGGCCAACCUCAGAGAGCGCUUCAGGGAGCGGCAGCAACAGUUUCCAGGUUCAUCAUUCAACGGACUCCGUCCCCCUGGCGGCGGGGGCUGCCCUGGAGGUCUGAGGACUGGAGGACUCUGCGGACUGGGGUCUGUGGGCGCCAGCAGAGACGUCGACGAAGACGGAUUGCCAGGGGCUCCAGGCAUGUCUGGGGGCGGUGGGAUCUUCGAGGCGCCGUACGGGGACCUUCCGGAGUGCUUCCACAUCUCUCCUGAAGCCCAAGCCCACUACCCCCUCGAGAUAAAGCGAGCCAUCCACAACGUCAAGUUCAUCCACUACCACCAAAUGCAGCAGGAUAAGUUCGAUGAGGAGGACGACGACUGGGCGUUUGUGGCCAUGGUACUCGACCGACUACUCCUCUGGGUCUUCGGCGUCACGUCAGUGCUCGGAACCAUCGUUAUCCUCUUCGAGUCGCCGUUCCUGUACGAUUCCACAGCCCCUAUAGACAUGAUCUUCAGCGAGGUGGCCCGCUUGCAGUUCCAGCAGGACAUCUUAGACUUCUAAACCUCAGGAAGAGCCAAGGAAGCCAGGACCUCACUUGUUGAAGCCAAAGAAGCCAGGAUGUGUUGAAGCUUCUUGGGUCAUUGUCUUGACCUCUCUCCUGCUCCGUCUUGGUGGGGAUGUGGGGGAUUCUUUAGACGCUAAAACACGGAGAAUGUGUGGUGUUUACGACUGUUUACAAGCAGGUAUAUCUAGAAUUAUCGCUCAAUUAACAGGUGUGUAGGGCGAGGCAGGUGUGUAGGCCCUAAGAGGCAGUCAGUCUUGGGUGUAGCUACCUCAGUCUCUCUCACACACCUGAGGUUAUGGACGCCAUCUUUAUGUAGGUUUUGUAUUUUGUAGAUCAUCUGUUAGUGUAGAAUGUAUAGACCUCUGCUCCAUGUGUACAUACGUGUGUAUUAUAUAUGCAAAUACUCGUAUGUGAGUGUGUAUGAUUCAAUUAUAUAUAUAUAU